GAAAGCUAUGGCAAGUGGCCAUUUUUUCCAGCGUCUUCGAAGGCAUUACCCCAGCAGCUUCACCGCCGCACCUCUCAGGUGUCUGUCGGGCCGGGCGGCUUUACACUGUCAGUGGAGUCGGUGGAGACAUGAACGCGCGGCGGCAUGGCGGACAGAGAGAAGCGGAAAGCCACACCACCGUCCGGCCGCAGCAUCCAGGUGAACUCUCCGGCCAGCUUCAGGCUGACUCAUGACAUCAGUCUGGACGAGUUUGAGGAUGAUGACCUCUCUGAGAUUACAGAGAUCACCGACGAGCGUGGAAUGAGCCUCAACUGCAACGGCCCUGAUAUUAAAGGCCGUGUGAGGCGAGGAACCAGUAGCAUGUCGGGGAGGGUGGAGCUGGGAGCAGUUGGCCAGUUUCAGGCAGAGAUGCUGCAUUUGGAACUCAUUGACGGUGCUGACGGUUACCGCGGUGAUAAAGACACCUCGAAGGCAUCCGCUGUUGCAACUGUGCCAGUCACCAAGGACUCUGGAGCACCUGUUACCAUGGAUACAUACCGACCCAAGAGACCUACAACCCUUAACCUCUUCCCUAUUGUGCCUCGUUCACAGGACACAUUAAACAACAACUCAUUCGGAAAGAAGUACAGCUGGCAGGAAAAGGUUUCAGGCUCGUCCUCCCCUCUUAAAACAGGUGACCUCACACCUCCACGAGAGCACAGCUGUCUGAGCGACGAGGACAAGGUGCAGGGUGGGACUGCGCAGACCAAAGACAGAGGAACCUCCACCGACGCCCCCUGCAGACACAGCCACACCUCGGGGCGCUCGCAUAACUCAAGCUCAGGGGCUGCAACUCGCUCCAAGCUGCAGGAGAAACCACCCCAACCACCACCGCCGCAGAACUACACACCCGCUCCUCUGUACCCAGCGGGUAAGACGGACAGCUCGAGCCACCGAGAAAAGAUUCGCCACCAGGCAGAUGUUCAUCUGGAACCCACAGAGGAGAUUUAUCUGACUCCAGUGCAACGAUCAGCGGACCCAUUGGAACCCCCCGAUGUUCAGGAGCGACCUUUUCUCUCGCAACAGACUGAGCAAGGGCGCAUGUCCAUAAGCUCUGAUACAGAGGGACCGCCUCCUUAUCAGCCCCUCCCAGACCGGACCAACCCCUCCAUUUUUGAGGAGGAUGAGCUCUACGUCCCUCCACCUUCCUAUGCUUCCUGUGUAGAGUCUCUCAUCACACCACCCAACAUGGCUGUUUCAGCACAAGGCUCUGCUGCACUAGACCUCAGCCUGAAGGGGACAGGAGCAGGGGCCAUGCUGAGGGCUGGCUCAUCGGUAGAAUAUGUGGAUGCCACUGAUGACAGCUACUGUGGUGAGGAUGAGGAUGUAGACAGAAUAAUGAUGGACAGGAAGAUGAAAAAGACAGCAGGAAAUGGAGACGGUGGUGGCAGUAAAUCUGCCAUACUAAGGACUACCAUGAGCUCCGAAGCCAGUAGCCUAACAUAUGACUCGGUGAAAUACACACUAGUGGUGGACGAACACGCUCAGCUGGAGCUUGUCAGUCUCAGACAGUGUUACCAAGGCUACAGCGAUGACAGUGACUCAGCCACAGUCUAUGAUAACUGCGUCUCCUCUCCAUAUGAGUCGGCCAUCGGGGAGGAGUACGAGGAAGAUGAAGAUGAGGAACACAACCAACAGACCGGAGCAGCAAAGAGGGAAGCCACAGCUUGCCUCUCUGAAGACUCAACACCAGAGGAAGAUCUGCAUUUCUCCAAGAAGUUCCUUAAUGUCUUCAUGAAUGGUCGCUCUCGCUCUUCUAGCGCUGAGUCCUUUGGCUUAUAUUCUUGUAUCAUAAAUGGGGAAGAGAAAGAUCAGACCCACAGAGCAGUAUACAGGUUUGUGCCUCGACAUGAUGAUGAGCUGGAGUUGGAGGUGGAUGACCCGUUGCUGGUGGAGGUCCAGGGAGAGGAUUACUGGUACGAGGGCUACAACAUGCGAACUGGUGCACAUGGAAUCUUCCCCGCUUACUACGCCAUAGAGGUGAACAAGGACACUGACUGCUACAAAGUUAAGAGCAGUGAGUGGAUGGACAGAUACCGCUUGAAGUUCCUUGGAUCAGUCCAAGUGCCGUAUCACAAAGGAAAUGAUGUUCUGUGUGCAGCCAUGCAGAAGAUUGCCAACAACAGACGAAUGACAGUCAAGUUCAAUCCACCUUCCUUCUGUGUCCUGGAGAUCAGCGUCAAAGGAAUUAAGCUUGCAGUUCAAGAGGAUUAUUAUGCUUGUGACAGAAGCAAUGAGUGCAGUCACUUCUUCCAAUUAAAGAAUGUUUCUUUUUGUGGCUACCAUCCUAAAAACAGCAAGUAUUUUGGUUUUAUAACUAAGCACCCAGCAGAUCAGAGAUUUGCCUGCCACGUAUUUGUGUCUGAAAACUCCACCAAACCUCUUGCUGAGUCAAUUGGGAAAGCAUUCCAGUUGUACUACAAAGAGUUUGUGGAGUUCUCUUGUCCAACAGAAGACAUUUACCUGGAGUAACCCCGCCUUUGACCACAGCCUUGUACAGUACACUGUAUCAUAACAUAAAUGUGCAUGAAGGACAAAUAUUUAAAAGGGAAUAAGAACAACAAUGACUCUAACAUCUGUAACAAACACACAAUGACUAUAUAAAACCUCUUAGCUGUCAUAACCAUUGGAUAACAUGCAAGCAGUUUCAGAGUGACAAUUAAGGGGUUAACAUUUGUGCAGGAGCAGGAAAUGGAAAUGAGUCGGAGAGAAAAAUUAUGCAAAGGUGAGAGUCCAAAGGUGGAGUCCAUAAAUGCAAAGCACAAUUGACGUACUUCUUCAGCAGCGGGAACAAUACUUAGCCUGUAGCAGCAGCUCUGUCAUGAGAGCACUAGAUUACUUCACAUUUCAAAUGCACCUACAGCUACAAAUAGUAUCUUACUUCCAAAAAUAACUUAAACAAGUUUGUUUGUCUUUAAAAAAUGAGGAAGCUGUACAGCUACAACAGUAAGAUAACAAACAUCCUUCAGAGUGUUUAUCUGAAAUAAACACUCAAAAAACAUUGCAGAUACUUUUUUUUUAUUUUUUUAAUUAGGAAACCUUGUAUAAGAUUAUAUCCACAAACCACUGUAAAAUAAGGUUAAGGUUUUGAAAGCUAGCUAAAAGAUUCCAUCUGAAUUCUGGGUCAUAUUGAUGUUUGACAGAAAUGAACUUGGUUCACAUUUUAUCAAACACACUGAACAGGUCGGAUGUAAGUCAAUCUGCGGGAAAAUGCCUGAAAUUAUGUUUCAGAGUGAAAUGAGCAGGCAAGUAGAUGCCUAUUUGUUUUUCUUGAAUCAUUCUGGCUGCUGUUUACCUGAUUAAACGGGCUAGGAUGCUAAAAGUGUACAGGUUUCUGGCUCUAUGUCUGUAUUCAACUUUUGAGUGCAGAGAAGACGAAAUAUACCGGCUGACCUGCAUCCAAAACCAAGAAAAUGGUCUUACAGAUUCUGUCGUCACACUUUGUAGUCUGCAGUGUAUUCACCAUCUUCUGUAGAUGUAGCUGAGUUGUACUUAAAAAAAUAUUCCAAUGAUCUAAAUCAAUCUAAAAAACCAAUAACACUGUGCAAUUACUGUGUAGGGUAAAGAACAUCAUUGGUUGACAAUGCAGGGCAAAACUAAGCAGCUGUAAUUUAUGUUCCAUAAAGAUUAAGUUAAUGUUUCAUUUUUGCUUUUCCUGAAUAUCAAACACACUGUGCUCUUUGUUAAAUGUGACCCAAUCUGUUGCUUGAAGUGUCAGCAAAGGAACAAAUUCUAAGCUCUGUUUGUCUUCUUAUCUUCACUAGUAGUGCCUCUUUUAUAUCAAUUAAUUUUAAACUUUCUCAGUAAACAUAUUUUGCCACCAAGUGUGUUUAGUUUACGGGUUUGACUGAGGAUUAAGAAGUUGAAGUGUUUCACUGUAACUGGCUCUUUAUGCCACCGUAUUACAUUAGCUGUACAAUAUCCUGGUUCUUGAAGUUAAGCCUGAUAAAAUAACUUUUUUGACAAAACAAUUUUUUCACCUAUUGGGUAAAUCAAACGAGAUUACUUAGGAGGAUUAAAACAUUCUGACAUCUGUUUCAACACCAUGCAGGUGUGAAUGUAAAAUAUAGUGUAAAAUAUUUGUUCUCUAAAUAACCAUCUGCUAUGUCAGUGUAAACAUGUCUGAGGUGGGCUGGACAACAAGUAAAAAGAUGCUAAAUUAUAUAAAACUUACAAUAAAUGUAUACAACCAAGUUUUGUUUUUUUGUUGACAUUUAGUUAUUAUAUUACAUUUUACAGAUUAGAUGAAAUUAGUAAAUUCUGUUGUCAUAUUCAGAGUUUCCAAAAUGCCCCAUCUGUGUUUUGAUUUGGACGGAUAUGGUUGAAAAUAACAACUGAACAAGAAAAAAAAUAUGUUAAAGGCACUAAGUCAUUUUUGAAAAGGGCUGGGGCUACCUGGUUCCGCUCAAAAGUAUAAAUUACCCAAAUCAUAUUUCUUGUUGUCCAUUUAAGAAUAAACAACUGUAUUUAAAACAUGAAGGCAACUUGUCCAAGAACAAAACAAAAAUAAGCAUCUUGAAACCACAAUAAGGUGUCCAUUUCACCUUGUCUAGUGUUAAAAGGGAAGUUGAAGUCUAACCAGCAUGAACACGCAUGAAUUGCUUUGUUAAAAGACACACCCUAAAGGCCAGCUUCUCUGAAAACAGGGAACUGCUGUUUCAACUGUAGAAUAGGUUGAACAAGAAACGGACAUCAUGUGACUUCUAAUUAUCCUGAAGAGGAAUGGUGGAAAAGAUAAUGGAGAUUUUGAGGACAAGUGAGGGUGUGGCCGUCUAUACAGGGACACAAAACAAAGAAAAAAUAUUUAAAUGAAGUGAAGAUAAUAGCAGUCAUUUAUGUAAAAGCAUUUGAUAUGUUUUUUUCCAUAGCUUCACAAAAACACAAGAUGUUAUGGAAAGUAAAGAGCCUUGGCAAAAUACAAAAUAUCAAAAUAUUUUUGUAUAUGUUUUUGCACAAUUUUUUUAAUUUAUUUUUUUGUCGCCUAUUAUCUGACACAAGUAAUCUUUAUGGAGGUGUAUUCCUUGGUGAUCAUUACAGAAAACCAGUGGAUUACUACUUUUAGCUUAUGGUGUCUUGCUUUUAGCAUACAGUAGUCAAAGCAAAGGGACAUAAUGACUUUUUUUUCUUCCACAUCUUGUCUAAUGUCUAAUUAGAUAAUUUUAAAAAUGGGUUUUUGCGUUGUAUAUUUUACAAAAGGAAAAAUGUAUGUAAGCUAAAGAUAAAUACUUGAAGAUUACUGGACUUUUCUGUUCAUCUCAACGGUUACAUUUCUGUCACUUUCAACAUAAAAGUCUAACUGACUUCCUUUUGUCCAAACGUCUUUUUCAAGAGCCAGUCUAGAUAACAGAGAGUAUACUGCUGUGGAAAUAACAAAAAAGAUGUACAAAAAUGCCAUAUAUAAAUAGUAAUGUAAUAUUUGUAAUUAUGAAGAAUAUAUUGUACUGUUUCAGUGUGUUGUAAGUGAAAUUUUUCUUUUGUUUUGGAUCUUUUUCAGCCGUGAACUAUUCUUGAUUUAAAACUGUUAAAGCAGA